AUGUCCAUGCGUCACAAGGGCGGUCCAUUCCUGUCGCAGUUCCCUGACUUGAAGGUGCUGCGGCAGGACGGCACCACCGUCGCCGCAUCGGAAGCGUUCAAGGGGAAAAAGUACGUGCUGAUCUACUUUUCUGCUCACUGGUGCCCGCCAUGCCAGCGCUUCACCCCGCUGCUGGCGGACUUCUACGAUGCUCACAAGGACCGGUACGGUUUUGAGGUGCUGUUUGUAUCCUCGGACCGCGAGGAGGGGCGGAUGAUGGACUUUUUCCAGAAUCGCAGCAGCAACUACGUGCGACGUCCACCGGCGGCAGCGUCGUCUUCGCCUCCACCGACCGCCUCCAGCGAGGCACUGGACGAAAGCUGUCCCCUGAGCUGCGACAUCACACAUCUCUUAGGGAACCAAACUGGUGCUGGCACCGGAGGCGGCGCUGCUCUGAGCGAGUGCCCGCUGCCCCAAAUCCCCUUCUCGGCCGCGACCGCAGGCGGUGCGGCGACAGCGGCGGGCACAGCUCAGAGCCCACGCAUCCCCAAAGCCAGCGGGCACGGAAACUGGCUGGCACUGCCCUUCAAGGAGCACGAGGUGGCUCGCUUCCUCUCACGCGCCUACUCUGUUGUCUCGAUCCCGAAGGUGGUAGUUGUUGCCGUGGACACGAACUGCAUGGUGACAAGGGAGGGCAAGACGAUGGUGAUGAAGGACCCAGAUGCGGUUCGGUUCCCAUGGCGGUUCGCUGAGGGCGACAUGCGGAACCGCACCGAGGGCUGGCGAGAAAGCUUUGUGCUUCUGCUCCUCAUAUUCUGUGGUGUUUACUACUACUUUUGGUAUUAUUAG